CUGGAAGAAGAAGGGGGGAGGUGAAAGUUUUGUUAAAGAAGGAAGAAGACAAUUUUGAACUAGAAAAAAGUCAUUGUUAUUCUGAAAAGGAUUCAAUAGCAAUCACAGAAAAGAAAUUGAAGAGCAUAGUAUGGAGCUGGGUUCUGUUCUGCACGCCUUAAUUCCCUCUUGGAGCUCUGUUGGUAUAUACAUGAUAUAUUUAACAUACGUGGCGUUUGCUUCAUUUAUAUUACCUGCAAAAGUUGUCCCUGGAAUGAUCAUGCAAGAUGGGUCUCGUCUCCAUUACCGCUGCAAUGGGUUGCUAACCCUGGUUUCGUUAAUUGGGCUUCUUGGGAUUGGUUCUAAGAUGGAUUUAAUAUCUCCCACGCUGAUAGCGGACAGAGGACUUGAGAUGCUAUCCACAUCUUUUAUAUUCAGUUUUCUUGUAGCUUCAGUACUCUACAUUGUUGGCUGCAGGUCACGCAGCCAGGCUUCCUCGAAAAAACCACAUUUCACGGGAAACUUUAUACUAGACUGGUAUUUGGGAGUGCAGCUAAAUCCUCAUUUCUUGGGUAUUAAUCUCAAAUUCUUCUUUCUUAGAGUUGGAAUGAUGGCAUGGAUAAUCAUCAACUUAUCAAAUCUAGCAAAAAGUGUUCAAAUUGGCACCUUCAGUCUAUCAAUGAUCCUCAACCAACUCUUCUGUCUGAUACAUGUUAUGGACUUCCUUUAUCAUGAGGAGCAGUUGACCUGCUUCUGGGACAUAAUGGUUGAGAGAUUGGGCUUCAUGUUGAUUGGUGGAUAUCUAGUCUGGGCUGCUUUCAUAACUACCAUCCCGGGUUGGUGGCUAUUGUACAACAAAGUGGAUUUAUCAACCCCGGCUGCAAUAGCUAUUUGCAUAAUCUAUCUGGUUGGGGUCAUUGGAUAUAGAGGAUCAAAUAGUCAAAAAUAUCAAUUCAAAAUGAAUCCCAAAGCACUUAUUUGGGGUAAGCCUCCAAGGGUUAUUGGGGGAAAGUUGCUAGCUUCAGGCUAUUGGGGACUUGCAAGGCACUAUAAUUACCUUGGGGAUUACUUGCUAUCACUUUCCUUCAGUUUGACUUGUGGCUUCAGUUCUCCUGUCCCAUACAUCUAUCCGAUUUGUCUGAUCGUUUUUUUCGUAUCAAGAGAAAAAAGAGAUGAAGCUCGCUGUGCUGAAAAGUACAAAGAAAUAUGGGCAGAAUACUGCAAAGUUGUUCCUUGGAGAAUAGUGCCAUAUUUGUAUUAGUCAACAAAAUGUUGCAGAGCUGCUGCUAUAUUCAACUACAUGUAUUUUCGCUUGAUUGUUCCUGUCAUUUCAUAUUUGUCCAUCUGCAAAUUGGAGGGACAAGAGAACUUCAUUCUGGCAUUCCUGAUUUGUACUUAAGAAACUUGGCUUACUAGCAUUUCUGGAUCAGUUGUUAUGGCAACUGACUCAAUGUGCAAGCUAUAUCAUGGUAGAGAUUGAAUUUGAAAAAAUAAAAUGUAUUGAGCGUUGUUAAGAAAUUAUUUAAAAAUUAAAAAGCCCGGAGGGGUCAUUGCUCGAAAUCAGUUUUUUUUAGA